AUGAGUGCAAUAUUUAAUUUUCAAAGUUUGCUAUCUGUAAUACUACUCUUAAUAUGCACCUGUGCUUACCUGAGAUCAUUUUUCCCUAGUAUUAUGGAUCGUAAUAAGACAGGUUUCCUUGGAACUUUUUGGAAAUGUGCUCGAAUUGGUGAAAGAAAAUCUCCAUAUGUCGCCAUCAGUUGUGUGAUAAUGGCAUUUAGUAUAUUAUUCCUUACAUAA